CUGAUUUCCAAUAAUAAAUAUAUACAUACAUUUUGCAUAAAGCAAGCAUAUUUACCCACUCCCAUGCUGAUAAGAGUAAAGAGUAAAUACUUGACAAUUAUCCCUUAAAAGUACAUUUCAAACAGAUAAAAGAUGUGAGAUUAAUUUGCAAUUAACUAUUUUAAUCAAUUGACAGCCCUAUUCUAUUUAUUUCUUUAAAUUAAUACCCUUAUUUCCCUGUAACAAUAUUUUUUUCAAUUAAAAAAAAAAGAGGACAGUUAACCUUUCCCUGCAACACUUUUCAUUCAUUAAGUUCCAAUUUUCACACUUUAAAAACAUCUGUGUUGAUUAUGUGAAUAUGAAAUGAUUAAGAGAUACUUGUCAGGGCAAAACGUGGGUGGGAAUUUUGGCAAGAUAAGAGUGGAGCAGCAAAGAGGUGAAAUACAGAACAUACAGUUGACUCCACUGAGCAGGAGUUGGAUCGAGGCCAAUAAAAGGAGGAGGCAGACAUAAAACAACCCAGACAAAUACAGGACUCCUCCUGCUGCUGAUUGGAGUGAUUUCCUCCCAUCUACCUGAAGUCCAGGCCAAGCCCACUGACUUUUGGUGCAACCGUCAAGCCAGGAAAAAUAUGGAGGAAAGGAUUGAGAGGCUGAAGACCGACAUGGCUGGCUGUGUGGGCGCAGACACGCUGCCCUCUCCUGUGCAGCUGCCAUGUGUUUCUGUACACAUCGCAGAAUGGGCAAAUAAAACUCUCCAUCAGAAGCGUGCAGAGGUGGUUGGGGCGCUCCAGGUGUUUCGAGAUGGAGUACAGGGUGCGAGGAAUCAGACCACAUUGGACUGUCAGACCUCAUUGUUGGAGAAACUGGGGCAUCACAUCGCAAAUUAUCUGGCUAUCGUCAACAGACUUCAGAUACAGAAUGGCACAGUGACACCACCUCAUUUUGCAGUUCAGAACUGUUCCAGACGGAACAGUACUAGUGAAGUGCUAAAACAGUACAGAAACCUACUCAAGGGAAAACUAGAACGCCUUGCUAUUGACCUCCAAGAUGGUAUCUGCAAAGUGGAACACAGGACAACCAAUACUAAAGGACCUUGCAGCUGAUUUAACGGCUGGAGAGUAGCUUAUUUGUGCCGCUGAGCUGUGCAACCUCACACUGGAUAUCAGGAGAGGACCAGCACGUUGUGGACUGAGAGGGUCCCAAGAAGAAAGAACUGGGAUUGGACUGGUGGAUAGAACAGUACGGUGGUGGAAAUGAUCUGUGGUUUUGCCAUUUACACUGGAAACAAGGAUGGAUACGGGCAUCAACCAGGGAGUUGUUUUGAAG